AGCUACUUCAAUCAAGUUGUCCCAGGUUAUGGGUUUUUGCAAGAUUUAUGGAGGAACGCAGCUCUCUUCUGCGAGGAACAGGCUCGGCAGAAGAAACUAAUGAAGACAUAUUCGGGCCCAGUCAUAAUUGCUUGGCUGCCACUGAACCAGUACAAACCAGAAGAAAUUUCACUCGAUGUUGACGACGAAAAUAUAACGUUACACGGCCAGCAUCGAUCCGAAGGAGAAGAUGGAUUUGAGAAUAGUGAGUUCAUGAAAACCAUUAAGCUCCCGCAAGACGUAGAUCCCACAACAGUGACAUCACAUGUAACCAGAAAUGGUAGCGUUCUAGUCCUCAGUGGCAUCAAACGCGUUGAAAAGAAAAUAAAACCAAACGAUGACAAGUUCGUUGCUAAAUUGAAUCUGCGUGGAUUUAAACCAGAAGAAAUCAAGAUCCAGAUUCGAGGACAUGAACUCAUGGUCAUAGCAGAACACAGAUCGGAGGAAGAUGGUUCACGUGAUUACAGGCGUCGCAUUUUGCUGCCCGAUGACGCAGACGUCAGUUCAUUGACGUCACGCCUCUGCAGUAACGGCGUGCUAAUUAUAGAAGUGUCACGUGACCAAGCGUUCUUACAAGACGAAGCAAAACAAGAAGCAAGUGGUAACACAGAAUUCAAUCGACGUCUCGAUUGAAUGAACCACGUUCACUUGGCAGAUUGUACGGAAUCACUCCCUACAUUAUUUUUUGAAAUAUUUAUUACAUUUCUUAUUAAAGUUAUAAUUUUAAAGUGCAACCUCGGCAUAGUCUGUUAAACCUAGUGAUGCGUUAUGAUAAUUUUAUUGUGAUAUCUUUAGUUUAGAUUUUCGCUUAAUUUUCAAUUUUUUAAUUCAGUGGUUUUUAAUCAUCAGACAAACAUGUUCCAAUGCGUCAAGUACCGAUUAAAAGAAAUAUUUUACACUUUAGUUAAAAUGUAUAUCAGAUCAGUUAUCAGUUUUUAUCCAAAGUUCUAUAUAUAGUAUAGUAUAAGUUUUUAGGAUAGUAAACCUUUGGAAUAUAAGUUAAUGGAAGUUAUUAUAGGUCCGUAUAUAGUACAGGAACAAUAAAAUGUUUAAAUGAGCAACUAACUGGGUUGUGUUUCCUUUUAAUUAUCGUUCAUUUUGACCCCUUUUUACCUCUAGAUGAUGUAGUCUCAAUGAGGGGAUAGCCUGUUGGCAUUUUUCUAUCUGAAGCAGAAGCUUCUUUGGUCUCUUUGAUUUGAAAUUUUCUGAUGCCUUUCCAGAGCAGUUACCCUAAUAAUACUGGCUCAUGACAACGGCCCAUAUCCCCAGGGGGUGGGGGGAGGGUAUUCCCUAUAAUGACAUAAAACGGGAAGGUACAUCCCUAAAGGAGUACAUUCUCAGGCUUCAGGUAUACGAAAGAAAGGGUAGGGAUUUCACUAGUUGAAGUUUAUGAAUGGGUAGGGAAAUCUGUCAUUUCGGUUGGUAGAAAGACCCAAAAAAGCUAACAGAUGUAUUUUAUGGCUGUGACAAAGUCGACGAUAGCGUUCUACUUUUUUGAUUUAUUGCGUUCGAGGUACGAGAACGCAACCCCUAAUUUGUGUUGGGUGUACUGUGCAUUAUUGGAUGACCUGUGCAAUUAAUAAGGGAGGUUUUUUUGUACGUCGUCGACACACAUUUGCCUCGGUUUGAGGCGCUUGCUUAAGUUUUGCCUCACUUUGACGCGCUGACUCAUGUGGUGAUUGUUGUGUCCUCGGCGUUCAUCUUUCAAAGGUUUACUAAGGUCUGAUAUUCUUCGUAAAGCGUUCAUCUUUUAAAAAGUUUGCUGAAUCUUCGUAAAGCGUACAUCGAUCUGUGAUUGUUGAAUCGUCCAAAGCGUUCAUCUUUCAGGAGUUUGCUGUUAAAUUUUUACUUUGGAUUAAGCCUUCAUAUUUUUCAGCAUGGUUCGUCACUGUCUUUGGAAAAUGUUUGCGACUACUGGUGCAUGCAUCAAACCGGGUCUAGUUCGGCGGCCGUUAUGCCACAAAGUAAAUUUACCGAGUUGUGUAGCUCGGCGGCCGUUUUGUCACAAAGUAAAUUUACGAGUUGUGUAGCUCGGCAGCCGUUGUGCCACAAGGUAAAUCUACCGAGAUGUGAAGCUCGGCGGCGCCAUUUGAUCAUGACUUGUGAUAUUUUCGGCACCGGACAAACGAACACUUUAACUCCAUGUUAUUUAUGAGGAAAAACGUAUAAAUCAGCCCACAGUAGCGCCACUCUCGUGUCACUGAAAUCAACACGUUCGACCAAUUACUGGAAAAGUUAUUGACGUGAGCCGCACACACGUUCCAUUGAAGGCUUUGAUAGGGUUAGUGCGAAGUUUGAAUUCAGAUGUGAAAGCUUUUAAACCAGUAAAUUCAAUGUAAUUCAUUUUGUCCACAAGUUGAUGAUUGGAUGCUGUUAAAAAUAACAGAGAAAAUUAUCCGAAGAAAUUUUUUUGAAGAAAGAAAAAGAAUCCCGGGUUAAGAACUAAUCGGCCUUUGAGAAACUGCGCCCUGUAACUCGCGCCAGUAAAAAAAAUUUUCCAUUUACACGUCCGACGCUGGCCAAUGUCUCCUCCGAUUAAAAGCACUUGACACCGAACCAUACGAUGUCUUUUGAAAACGUUCUUAAAAUGAUACACAGUUUAACCAGAGGUUUCGCUGUACGCAACCCUUACGUUCAAAAUAUGCCAUAAAUAGAGGAUAUUACACGGUGGCACGAAGAUAUGACUUUAUUUUCGAGUGGCAAAACAAUUUUUUACAAACGAGCGCAGCGAGUGAGUAAAAUAUUGUUUUUGCCACGAGAAAAUAAAAUUCAUAUCUUCAAGCCGCCGUGUAAUGUUCUUUUUAUUAUAUAGACAAAAAGACAUCGAUAAAGUAAUAGAUUAUUCGCCUAAAAGUAAUUGUCACGACUCAAAUUUACAGUACAGCAAUACAAGACAUUGUUUACAAUAAUCUUGAGAAAUAACACUGAGCUGAAAAGGGCUCUACAAUGACAAAAUAUAAGUAAAGCUUUGAAAAAUGUGUAAUUGAAAUUCAUAAGGACGCAAGACGCCUACAAAUUUUGGAGGGAAAUUACCGAAAUUACGUCAUCGAUAAACUCACGUGUGAAUGGAAAAUAAACCAUUCGGAUCCCGGAUGUAGUUUUUAUGAAUUUUAUUAGUGGUAUAUUUUCCAGUAUAUAAUAAAAAAGGGUAAGGGAUUGGACCUCCGGGUGGAGCCUCUCCGUAUAAACCUUUUUUGAGUACUCCUCUCCCCUCUCUCCAUAUAUAUCACAGGCUUGAAUUGCCCGAUAUUCAUUAUCCUAAUGGUUAAUACCAUUUACGAUAAUCGCGUGAUCAAAUUAUUUUGAUUACUGUCUAUAGUGUCAACAAAACAACAGCCUUAAAAGAUUUCGUCCCCGGUAUCUCUGUUUAUCCUCGAGUUUAAUUUUAUUACCCGUGUUUCCCUUGUUUGUUUUACCUUUGAAAAGGUAUAAUAUGUUUUAGUAAAAUCCAACUAGUGGUCUAUUAUCAAUGCUGCGUUCUGAUUGGUUGAGCUGCUACUAGGCUGUAUGUUACAGCCCACUAGUAGGGCAAAGCGCCAGCUUUUUGGCGGCAAAAAAGGCUUAAAGUCUAGCUUUAACUAGCUAAAGUUGUUUUGUCUCGAUAUUUUUUACCAACUAGUUGGAUUUUACUAAAACAAUUAUUCCUCUCGCCCUCAUGGCCUCUGAUUCAAUAGCCCAUUUGGCCUUCGGCCUCAUGGGCUAUUGACUCAGAGCCCAUUCGGGCUCGAGGAAUAAUAAUUUUUAAAUACUGGGACUGUGUUGAAAGCUUGUUUAUUAUUAGUUAUAAACUGGACAUUUACACCUCUAUUUGUGACAUUUUUGGUUUAUCUUCAUACGUCCCGCCGUUUUGGUUAACAGACUUCGUAUUCAAUUUAACCGCUCAUUCUUACCCUUUUCAUCCCUUUUCUACUUUGGAGACGACUUCUCAAACGAAAUAAAGAAAAGAGAAAAAAGAGAAAAACGUAAGGUUUGGAGAUUUUGGUUAGUAUAUGAUGUGCGCGACCAUCUAAUCGGGCCCAGUCAUAAUUGCUUGGCUGCCACUGAACCAGUACAAACCAGAAGAAAUUUCACUCGAUGUUGACGACGAAAAUAUAACGUUACACGGCCAGCAUCGAUCCGAAGGAGAAGAUGGAUUUGAGAAUAGUGAGUUCAUGAAAACCAUUAAGCUCCCGCAAGACGUAGAUCCCACAACAGUGACAUCACAUGUAACCAGAAAUGGUAGCGUUCUAGUCCUCAGUGGCAUCAAACGCGUUGAAAAGAAAAUAAAACCAAACGAUGACAAGUUCGUUGCUAAAUUGAAUCUGCGUGGAUUUAAACCAGAAGAAAUCAAGAUCCAGAUUCGAGGACAUGAACUCAUGGUCAUAGCAGAACACAGAUCGGAGGAAGAUGGUUCACGUGAUUACAGGCGUCGCAUUUUGCUGCCCGAUGACGCAGACGUCAGUUCAUUGACGUCACGCCUCUGCAGUAACGGCGUGCUAAUUAUAGAAGUGUCACGUGACCAAGCGUUCUUACAAGACGAAGCAAAACAAGAAGCAAGU